AUGGGGUCAGAUCAAUGCUUCACCCGAUUGAACACACUCGAGAUAAAAUCCCAAAUCCACCAGAAACUCGGUCAUCAGAGAGCAGACACUUACUUCAACCAGCUCGGAAAGUUCCUCACCUCGAGGAUAACCAAAUCCGACUUCGACAAGCUCUGCGUCAAGACGAUCGGCAGAGAACACAUCCCGCUUCACAACCGUUUAGUAAGCUCGAUUCUCAAGAACGCAACCGUCGCUAAAUCACCACCGCCGAGACAUUCCAACAAAUCCGGUUCGAAUCAUCAUCAAAGUCAGUCACUUUACGCCGACUCUGCUCCGUUUCCUCCUUCGCCUCGGAAAUGCAGGUCGAGGAAGAAGUUUAGAGACAGGCCAAGCCCGCUUGGUCCAUUAGGGAAGCCGCAGAGUAUCACUACUACUACGAAUGACGACGAGGCACGGAGACUUGUUGCUUCUGUGGAAGAUGGAGAGGAAGUUGAGCAAAUGACCGGAAGUCCAAGUGUGCAGAGCAGAACCUCGUUAACCGCUCCGCUCGGUGUUUCCUUAACCGGAGGGAAAAAGAAGUCUGUUUUCCGGUCAUCGUUAUGUCAAAGUAGCCGCGAGCUUCCCGAUACGAGAACGUUGAAGGAUCGGUUGGAGCGGAAACUGGAGAUGGAAGGGAUGAAGUUGAGUAUGGACUCUGCUAAUGUGUUGAAUAGUGGUUUGGAUGCGUUUGUGAGAAGGCUGGUGGAGCCAUGUUUGAGUUUGGCUAGCUCUCGGGUUCGACACGUGUCGAUGUUGGACUUCCGUGCUGCGAUGGAGUUGAAUCCUCAGGUUCUUGGUGAGGAUUGGCCUAUACAGUUAGAGAAGAUGUGUUCUCGUGGUUUGGAAGAAGAGUUGUAG